UACGAUUGCACGAGCGUACGCCACGGAGGAAAAUGUUUCGUAUGAAAAGUCAAGGGGAGAAGCGAUUCUUCAGCUCGUCACGUGACUCGCUGCAGGGCGCCUAUGUAAAUAGAGGUGCGAGCGAACUCGACCUGAGCCGAAAGACUCGACGUAAAGAUCAUAUGAGAGGCAGAUUCAAACUACCAAAUGCCGUAAUGCUGUCCUCGACGCCGAUGCCGGGCCGCGAUACAACGCCUUCGCAUCUCCAUACGCCAGCCUCGAUCAACCAUUUAAGUAGGAACAGUGGCUGUAACGGAACGGAAACGCGCUAUACAGCCCAGCAGCAGCAGCAGCAACGAGGAAGUCGGGGCUACCCGGGCCAAUCAGGCUCGCGUGGCUUCAGGACCGGAGCGCCCAACUGGUCGUUUGUCUUCGAUCCAGCUGGUCGACUCUGUUACUAUUGGUCGAUGGUUGUCUCGCUCGCCUUCUUAUACAACUUUUGGGUCAUCAUCUACAGGUUCGCUUUCCAGGAGAUCAACGUGGAGACCCGACUAGUGUGGUUUUGCUUGGACUAUCUCUCGGACUUCUUGUAUCUAGUGGACAUAGCUUUCCACUUUCGUACGGGUUACCUCGAAGAUGGUGUUCUGCAGACGGAUGCAACGAAACUGCGAACACACUAUAUGAAUAGCACCACCUUUUACAUAGACUGCUUGUGCCUGUUGCCUCUUGACUGUUUAUACUUAUCUAUAGGAUUUAACAGUAUACUGCGGAGUUUUAGGCUCAUUAAAAUUUACCGAUUUUGGGCUUUUAUGGACAGAACUGAGCGACACACAAACUAUCCAAAUUUAUUUCGCUCUACAUCGUUAAUACAUUAUUUAUUAGUGAUAUUUCACUGGAACGGGUGCCUCUAUCAUAUUAUUUAUAAAAACAAUGGUUUUGGGAGCAAAAACUGGGUAUUUAGCGAUUCUGAGACAGCUGACGUUGUAAAGCAAUAUUUACAGAGUUAUUAUUGGUGUACUUUGGCUCUUACGACGAUUGGAGAUCUACCAAGUUGUUAA